GUGCCCUCUGGCCGAGGUUCGUAUCUGUUUGGUUCCUGCAAUGCCGUUUCCAACAGCCGAAGCAGGAGAACGAGCAGGAAGGGGUUCAGAUGAGCUGGUUUUCUAUGUGAAUGGCAAAAAGAUCGUGGAGAAGAAUGCUGAUCCGGAGCAGACGCUGCUGUCUUUCCUGAGGAAGAGGCUCCGACUCACAGGUACCAAGUAUGGCUGUGGUGGAGGUGGCUGUGGCGCAUGCACUGUGAUGAUAUCGAGAUAUGAUCCUAUUACUAAGAAGAUUGUUCAUUACUCAGCCAAUGCAUGCUUGAUUCCCAUAUGUUCAUUGUAUGGCGUUGCAGUCAUUACUGUGGAAGGAAUUGGAAAUACAAAAACCAGGAUUCAUCCAGUUCAGGAACGGAUUGCUAAAAGUCAUGGCUCUCAGUGUGGCUUCUGCACCCCUGGAAUGGUGAUGUCCAUCUAUGCUUUACUGCGCAACCAGGUUGAACCCACAUCACAGCAAAUGACUGAAGCUCUAGCUGGUAAUUUAUGUCGCUGCACUGGUUACAGGCCUAUUAUUGAUGGUUGUAAAACCUUCUGUAAGGAAUCAUUUUGUUGCCAAAAUAAAGAGAAUGGGGAUUGUUGCCUGGAUCAGGAAAACCACUUACCUUUGCUGCCGAGUGAGGAAAAAGAGGAAUCACUUUGUUGCCAAAAUAAAGAGAAUGGGGGUUGUUGCCUGGAUCAGGAAAACCACUUACCUUUGCUGCCCAAUGAGGAAAAAGAGAUCUGCACAAGACUGUUUUCUGCAGAAGAAUUCCAGCCCUUGGAUCCCACCCAAGAACUAAUAUUUCCACCAGAACUCAUAAAAAUAGCUGAAAAUCAGGCAGUACAAACUCUUGUUUUCCGUGGGGAAAGAGCUACAUGGAUUUCUCCUGUAAAUCUAAAGGAACUUCUGACACUGAAAGUCAAGUACCCCCAGGCACCUCUUGUCGUAGGGAAUACUUGUGUGGGACCUGAUAUGAAAUUUAAAGGUGUAUUCCAUCCACUUAUCAUUUCGCCCACUAGAGUACUGGAUCUGCAUGUGGCGGAACAGACAGAGGAUGGACUAAUACUUGGAGCAAGCUGUACCCUGACCAUCAUGAAAGACAUUCUGACAAAUGCUGUGUCAGAACUUCCAGUAGAGAAAACCAAGAUAUUCUGUGCACUCUUGCAACAGUUAAAAACCUUAGGUGGACAGCAAAUCCGGAAUGUGGCUUCUCUUGGAGGAAAUAUCAUAAGCAGAAGUUCGACAUCGGACAUCAAUCCUAUUCUAGCAGCUGGCAACUGUAUUCUCAAUGUGGCAUCGCAAGGGAGACUACGACAGAUUCCUUUGAGUCACCUUUUUGCUGAUGGAUUUGGAAAAAAUAUUCUUGAACCAGAGGAGGUCCUAGUGUCUCUCCAAAUUCCAUAUUCUAGGAAGGGUGAGUUUGUAUCAGUAUUCCGACAGGCCACACGGCGGGAAAACGCUUUACCUAUUGUUAAUGCAGGGAUGAGGGUCCUUUUUGAACAAGGCUGCAACAUCAUCCAGGACUUCAGCAUCUUUUAUGGAGGAAUUGGCCCCACCACAGUUGCCGCAACAAAAACGAGCCAGAUGCUCGUUGGGAGACCAUGGGAUGAGCAGAUGUUGGAUGAAGCUUGCAAAUCAGUACUCAAAGAAAUCCUCCCAAGCUCCGCGUUGGGUGGCAAAGUAGAGUACAAAAGAACUCUUAUUGUUAGUUUCAUCUUCAAAUUCUACCUGGAGGUGCUGCAGUCAUUGAAGAUCAUGUAUCCCAAUCGGUAUCCUGAUAUCCCAGAGAAUUAUGCAAGUGCCCUUGAACAUUUCCAUACCAAAAUGCCCCAGAGUAUGCAAAAAUACCAGUCCGUGGCGCCAGCUCAACCUGCCCAAGAUCCAGUAGGACGUGCAAUCAUGAACCAGGACGGUAUUAAGCACGCCACAGGGGAAGCUAUUUAUUGCGAUGACAUUCGUGCUGUGGAUGAAGAACUCUUCUUGGCUCUCGUAACCAGUUCUAGAGCCCAUGCAAAGAUUGUAACAAUCGAUGCUUCAGAAGCCCUCAAGAUGUCAGGUGUAGUUGAUAUCGUUUCCGUUCAGGACGUCCCUGCCACGAAUGAGUUCUAUAACUAUGGUGUCCCAGACAUUAUAUUUGCCAGAGAAAAGGUGACCUGUGUGGGUCAGAUUGUCUGUGCGGUGGUAGCAGAUUCAGAAGUUCAUGCUAAACGAGCUGCAGCAAAAGUGAAGAUAGAAUAUGAACUGCAAGAGCCUGUGAUCCUGACUAUAGAGGAGGCGAUAGAGCACAAUUCAUUCUUUGAACCACAACGAAAACUGGAACAAGGAAAUGUGGAUGAAGCAUUUAAAGCAGCUGAUCACAUACUUGAAGGCGAAAUCUCUAUUGGGGGACAGUCACACUUUUACAUGGAAACCCAGAGUAUCCUUGCUGUUCCCAAAGGAGAAGAUAAAGAAAUGGAUGUAUACGCAUCAGUCCAGCAUCCAGCAUGUAUUCAGGAAAUGGUGGCCUCCUGUUUAGGCGUUCCAGACAAUCGAAUCAUGUGUCAUGUAAAGCGGAUUGGAGGUGCUUUCGGAGGAAAACUGCUGAAAACCGCUCUGCUGGCAUGUAUUACAGCCGUGGCGGCCAACAAGACAGGCCAUGCCGUUCGCUGCAUUCUAGACAGAGGCACGGACAUGUUAACUAUUGCAGGCCGGCAUCCUCUCUUUGGCAAAUACAAAGUUGGUUUCAUGAAUAAUGGCAGAAUCCUGGCUACAGAUAUUGACAUAUACAUUAAUGGAGGAUGCACCCCUGAUGACUCUGUUCUGGUUACAGAGACGCUCCUGAUGAAAGUGGAUAACGCUUACAAGGUUCCAAACGUGCGGUGCCACGCCCGUGCUUGUAAGACAAACUUGCCAUCCAACACCGCAUUCCGAGGCUUCGGUUUCCCACAAGGAGGUCUGGUUGCUGAAGCCUGGGUAACACGCGUCGCAGCCAGAUGUGGUUUAUCACCUGCACAGAUUAGGGAACUAAACAUGUACAAAGAAAAUGAACGGACACCUUAUAAACAGGAGCUCAAGCCAGAGAAUCUCCUCCAGUGCUGGAAAGAAUGUAUGGCAAAGUCUGCAUAUCACACCAGGAGACCGAUUGUGGAUGAGUUCAACAAGCAAAAUUACUGGAAGAAAAAAGGGCUUGCCAUUAUUCCCAUGAAGUUCCCAGUUGGUUUCGGUACACGCUUCCUAGGUCAGGCUGCUGCUCUGGUUCAUUUAUAUACUGAUGGGUCUGUGCUGCUGACUCAUGGUGGUGUAGAAAUGGGACAAGGACUUCACACCAAAAUGAUCCAGGUUGCUAGCAGAGAAUUACAAAUGCCAAUGUCAAAUAUUCACUUCUGCGAAACAAGUACGACAACCAUUCCUAAUGCAUGUGGUUCAGUAGGCUCUUUGGGAACCGAUGUUAAUGGAAUGGCAGUCAAGGAUGCUUGCCAGACCCUUCUGAACCGUCUUGAACCCAUCAUUUGUCAGAACCCCAAAGGCACCUGGAAAGAAUGGGCUAAAGAAGCUUUUGAGCAAAGUAUUAACCUGUCUGCUACAGGUUAUUUCAGGGGCUAUGAAGCAAACAUGGAUUGGGAGAAAGGGGAAGGUCAUCCAUUUGAAUAUUUUGUUUAUGGAGCUGCCUGCACAGAAGUUGAAAUAGACUGUCUGACUGGAGAUCACAAGAACAUCAAAACAGAUAUUGUUAUGGAUAUUGGACGCAGCAUCAAUCCUGCACUGGAUAUAGGUCAGAUUGAAGGUGCCUUUGUUCAGGGUCUUGGGCUUUACACAACAGAGGAACUCAAUUACUCUCCGGAGGGAGUUCUUUACACACGGGGUCCAGAUCAGUAUAAAAUUCCUGCAGUUUGUGAUAUCCCAGAACAGUUCAGUGUCUCCCUGCUGGCGUCUUCCCAACACACAACAGCAAUCUAUUCAUCCAAGGGUAUUGGUGAAUCAGCAGUUUUCCUGGGGUGCUCCGUGUUUUUCGCAAUAUGGGAUGCAGUGACUGCCGUGAGGAAAGAAAGAGAAUUGCCUGAGGACUUUGAGCUGAACAGUCCUCUGACUCCUGAACGCAUUCGAAUGGCCUGUACUGACCAGUUUACUGAAAUGAUCCCAAAGGAUGAAAACAAGGCAAGGGUUUCUUGGGUCAACCCCCUUUGAAUGAAAACCAAGAACAUGGAGAAAAUGCCAUCUAUCAACAUCUCCCAGUGCUUAAUCAACACAUGCACUUCAUUUUAGUUAAAUUCUUGCUUUCUCAUGGGAAGCAGCGUUACUGGCUUCAUAUUAAUUUGCAUGGGAUUCUCUUUCCUACUUCUUUUCAGAUUAUUUGAUAGUUCAAAGACCUAGCAAUGAGGUUAUUUCCAAUCAAUAUAUGAAAUUCACUCACCUAUAUCUCUAGAAACCUAGUUCUAACCUAUUCUGCUCCUGGGACCUGGUGGCCCUUUCAACAUCCACUGAUCUCCUGCCUCCCUAACUUCCUAACAGCCUGAUCUGGCAAUAGUUUUCCAUGCCUUAUUUAUAUCACAGUAAGGUUGCUCACUGGUGCAUGGCAUCAUUUCAUUUAUUAUAUUUCUAUACCACCCCAUACCCAAAGCUCUCUGGGCUGUUCACAAAAACUAAAAACCAUUAAAAUACAUUAUAUAAAGUAUAAAACCAUCAUGAUCACAUCACCCCCGUACUGAAAGAUCAGCACUCCUUGCCAGUUGUUUUCUGGACUCAAUUCAAAGUGCUGGUUUUAAUCUUUAAAGCUCCAAACAGCUCAGGGCCUGGCUAUCUGAAGAGCCUUCUUUUUCAGUCUGAACCUGCUCAGUUAUUAAGGUUAUUUGGAGGCUCUCAAUUAUUUAGAGGCUCUUUUGAUGACAAAGGCCCACUUCUCUGGUACAAGGGCUUUCUCCUCGGUUGCUUCCAAACUUUGGUACACAAUGCCUUUGAACCCUUGUCUGGUCCCCCUCUCUGUGUGUUUAUGAAGGGGGUCAAGAGACAUCAUUUUAACUUGUCUUUUCAAUUGUUGUGGAUUUUAAGGGUGUUUAAAAUCUUUUGCUGUGUUUUUACUUUGUUAAGUUUUUUUUAUUUUCUGAUAAUUUUGUAAGCUGCCUUGGUUGGCUUCAGAAAGGCAGUAUAGAAGUGCAAUAAAUAAACCGCUCAUUUGCCCAGGACAACAGCAUCCUCUCUGCUCCUUAGUUCCUAUUUCCUGAAUCCCUCCUUUUUUAAUUGUCACCUCAGUUUCCCACUGUCUCUACCCACCUUUCCAUCCGUCUUCUACCUGUUCCCUUCAUAGUCCCCUCUGCUUUUCAGGGCAGAAUGAAAGGUUACGGAAAAAAAUAUUGCAGCUACUGAACACAACAACCACAUUUAGAGCUCCUCUGCCUCAGCAAUGUCUAGUGCACACAAAUCUCUUGUGUCUUGGUGUUACUAUGCUUCCUCCCCCCUCCCACCCCCCAUGUCUGGGAUCUGUGUCGCUGGACAGCCACCUCCUGUAUUUGAUUCUGUGCAUGAGACUUUGUUCAGAUGACACACUAAGCCAUAGUGGUUAAGUAUUUUGAGCUAAACAUUAUGGCUUAGCAUGUCGUGUGAACCAUGGUGGCUACAUAACUACAGUUUAAACAUGUUCAGUAACCAUUUCCUGCAAUUUCAGAUUGAUUCACUUUCCACCUUAUUUCCUUUGGAUAUGAUCCGUGAUGGAAUAAAUCACAGUAGCUUACUUUGGUGUUGGCCUUUGGUUAAGAUUUCAUCAGAUCUUGUACUCUGCAAUGGUAUGUGAUAGCUCAGGAUUCAGCCAAAAAAAUUAGAAUAUAGGACAGUAUUAUUCAGUCAUUGCUGACUGAUUUUUUUAAAAAAAAAAGCUACAACAUGUAUGCAAAGGAGAAUACUGUUGUGCAUCAGGGGGAGCAAUCCUAGGGAUCCUGGACAGCCUCUUAGGCUCGAUAGGAUAUUUCAUAUUCCCAGUUCCACGGGUCAGAGACAGAACUCCAACCUUGGAAGGGGUAAUCCACAUUCAAACUCUCCUCUCACCCCCUUCACAGCCAGCGCAGAAAGAAUAGCCCGAACGGUAAAGAAGCUGUUCCAGUAAGGAAGGGGAGGAGACUGGAGAGGCCAGGAUAAGAGCUACCCCAAGGUCUCUUCAGCCUCCUUCCCUCCCCCUUAGAAAUGCCCCAGCUAGAAGGGCAAAAAAGCCCAUCUAGCAAAAAUGGAGAGUGGGAGGAUGUAAUGGAUGAUCGUAAACCUUCGAGUUCAGAGGCUUACGAUCGAGUGCAGAAGUAAUAGGAUUACACCCUUCAGUGUUUGUAAAAUGCAUUGCCUUCUGUAAACUGCUAAGGUACAUGCAUUAAGAUUAGCUGCCUUCCCAGAAUAUCAAGAAUUGAAUAAUAAAAGCAGUAAUUCACUUCACAUGGGUAGUUGCCAAAUUCCUUCAUGUGAGAUUUUAGGAGAUAAUGUGUUACUAUGUUAAACGUCAGAGAGGUGAGCUU